UCAGGCUUUGGCUUCCUGCUGCGGAAUGAGGGGAUGAACUCCGAAGGGAGGACGCUCAGGCCUUGGAGGAAAUGAGAGCUUGGACGACAGGAGGGCCUGGACUUGUGAAGACACAUGGACACCCACAAGCACAAAGACAUGGAUGUGUGACAGCGGACCAAGGGGCAUGCAGAUAUGUAUGCAUGGUGCACAUAGGCACUCUGGGCACAGCCCACUGGCACCGUCAACCCCUGUGUGGUGGCCUGCAUCCCACCCUUCAGGCAGGCCCCGUGGGGCAGGUGUCAGGGAGGAAGGAGGCUGAGUGGGCGUCUGAGGACGCAGCCACCACCGCUCCCUGGCACUGCAUCUGUGUCCAGGAUCUAGGAGGCACUCUUCCAACACUGAGCCCCAAGAUGACUGUCACACCUUGGUCUAAAGCAGGGGCCGGGCCUCAGCCCUAGCCCCUGCCCUGGAGGACCACACAGAGCCUCCAGCUGGGGCGUAUCUGGUUUCUGGGGGCGGAGGUGGCGGAGGUGGGGGCGAUACCCAGAGGAGGAAGAAGGGAUUCUGAGAGAGCCCGGCAGGCUCCAAGCCUCAGGCUGGAGCUGGGCUUGGGGCAAGGAAAGACCAGGUGCGAGGGCAGAGCCAUGCGGCCCGACCCCUGCAGCACGACUGUACCUGCAUGUGGUCUCCCCCAGCUCCUGCCCAUGCUUCUGGGUCUGGACUUUGCCACGUCUGACCAAAAGCCACCGCAAACCCACUCAAGCCAAAAGAGGAAGUGGCCAUUAGGCACAACUGGUUAGACUGGCAGG